GGUGGUGAAAUGACUUCAUUACCCAGAAUCCUACACGAUCCAAGUCAACAACGCUUCUGUGAAAAGCGAUAGCACUUUGUAGGGACUUUCAGCGAGUGAAAAUAGUAAAACAGAAUAGUUCACUGUGGUUUGCGUAUGUAUUCACAAAGAAAUAGAACAGGAUACUAAAAUGAUAUUUGGGGUGAUAUCAUAGUAGUAUAUUGUAGUGUAACGAGGGGUAAUGACAUUCCCAUGCCACAAUCCUCACCUGUUUAGGUGGAGAAGGCACGAACCUGCAGUCAAGAGUCGUGAUAAGAAUGGCGACAUCGAUCAGUGGAGGAAGAGGGUAGAGAUGGCCUCCAAGUGUGCCGUUUCUGAAGUCUUCUCUCGCAAGAAACCUCAUUCAGGGAUCAGCAGUCUGGCCGUACCACUGCAGAGCUCGGAACAGUUGCGAGAUCACGAUGAUGCUUACGGCGAAGCUCAGGCUCUUUUAGGUGACUGGUUGAGCACUAAGUUACGGCUGGAGCUGGAGAUGGAGGACGAGGAUGAUCUAAUGUACUCUGCUGAGAAAAUGAACUCUUCUGCAGUGACCAAUGCUCAGCCUCCUGCUCUGAACUACAACAACUUUGAUGAUUUUUACAACUGCCUGGCUGAGGAAGAAGAACAGUCUGCUGUAAAUAGCUUCCUACAAGACCUAAUGGAGCAAGAAGUGUUGGACUCCGAGAUGAUCGAGGAGCUGGCACUGGAUGCACAGCAAAUGAGGAAGAAACUGAGAGACCCAAUCAUCACCAUGGAAGCACGGCACCAACAGGUGCGAGAGAACAGGGCCCGGCGGGAGGCUGAGAGACUGAGGCAGCAGAGAGAGAGGGAGGCUCAGCGGGGCGCCAGAGAGGAGGCGAAGAGGAGGGAGCAAGACGAGGAGAUGAGGAAGAAGCAGGAGGAACGGAGGCAGGAGGAGAUGCUGCAGCAGGAGAUGGUGAGACUGCGACGUCAGAUGGAGGAGAGGAGAGGCCUGGAACAGCUGGUUCGACAGAGGGAAAGGGAAAAAGCAGAAGCCCAGAGGGCAGUCAGAAGUCUUCAAUCAGCCCCAACACUCGGAAAACAGCAGCAAAAGAACACUGAGCGACUCUACGAAGAAAAGAUUCGAGGAAAGGUUAACAUGAGCAAUCUGAAGUGUCUGCAGAGGCAUUUUUCUGGAUGGUAUUCAGUGGUGUUGGACCGAAGGCUACGUAUGGGUAAGGCGUUGGCCCUUUGUGACUGGAAGAGGCAGCUGAGAGCAUGGCGAGCUUGGAGAGCAGUGGUUUGGGCCAAACAAAAGCAGCAAGAGAUAGCAAGGACAGAGGAGGCACUGCGAACUGAAAACCGACAAUGCCAGCUGGCUGUGGAAAGUGACCGAAGGCGGUUGCUACGGCGAUGUCUGAGUGAGUGGCAGCUUUGGUGUCGGAUGGAGAAGGAACAAAAGGAGCUUUUGGCCCAACAGCAGGAAACCAAACGCAAGAUGGCUGCUUUAAUCAGUGCUGCAUCAACAGGCAAACUCAAGGCCACAGAAACCCCCAAUUAUCAGCUAAAUAUGGCCCCACCGGAGGCACCCAACCAACCCGAGACCACAGAGAAGGAAGAUCAACAAAGGUCAGGCACUGAAGCCUCUGCAGUACAUCAGGAUCAGCCUCUUGUGGGUAGCGUGGCUCGACCUUCUCAGCCCUGGCAGGUCACCCGACGCCAUGCGGCACCCACUUCCGCUCAGCUCCGCCAAGCGCAGCAAAGAGAAGACGACAGCUUCACCUGCUCAAGAAGCUCAGCAUCGCCAGGCGGCAGGUUUGAAAACAGACACGUGGCCCAGCAGCAGAUCAUCACGCAGCAGAGGAAGCUGCUGAAGGUGCAGCAGGAGCAAAUUGUCCGGCUGAAGGAGGAGCAGAACAGGAUGGGCUUGGAGCUGGAAUUGGAGAAAACUGCACAGCUUGCUCGGCGAGGAGGCUCAAGACCAAAGAGCCGAGAUUUGGAGCCCAAGGAGCAGAGGGCACUGAGAGAACCUGACAAUCAGCUCGCACCUUCAAGGAAAGCUGUCACAUCCCAGACGCACCCCCAUCCCAUCGUCACAGCCAUGGAGGCCCGAGCACAUGAGCGCGCAGAGCGAAGGAAGGAAAUUGAGGAACUCAAGAGAAGGAAAGAAGAGGAGAAGCUGGCUGAGAUGAAGGCUGCCGAGGAGCAGAGGCAGAGGGAGGAGGAGGAAGAGAAACGCAAAGAAGCAGAAAAGCGAAGGGAGGAGAAGAGGCUGGAGAAAGAGAGGAAAGAGGAGAAACAGAGACAGAUGACAAGGCAAAAGGAGCUCUUGAAACUGGCUUGCCAACACUACAACAGGACCCUGUUGCUACGACGAGGCCUGGCACCAUGGAAACGCCUCAUUCAGUUCAGACAAGCCAACAUGGAGCUGGCCGAGAGUCAUCACAAUCUCUUCCUCCUGAGCCGCUGCGUACUAGGCUGGCAGCAAUCAGCAAGAGAGUCCCUGUCUGAGAAAGAAGCUUGUGCUGACCAACUGCACCAGCACUUUUUGCUUCGGAGGAGCUUAAGCUGCUGGAAAAGACUGAAAGACACGCGGGUAAUUCAGGAAGAACGAGCUGAGCGUUUCUAUCGCACGCGCACUCUGAGGAGGUUCCUGCUCGCACUGCUGGACCAUGUGACCCAGGAGAGGCUGGUGGACUGGGACCGUGAGGAGCUGGCGCAGGGGCACAAUAACAGACGGGUGCUGAAGCGAUGUUUCCUGGCCUGGAGGCAGCUUCCAUGUCUGCUGCGCAAGGAAAGAGAGAGGGAAGCACGGCGAGAGAAGCUGGGGCGGAAAGUGACUGAGGUUCUGCCUGAUUUCUGCUCCCGUCCACUGUAAAGCCUCAGGGAGAAACUGUCAAUGUAGGCGACAAACUGCACAUCCAUUCAGACGACACACUAACAUCUCUGGAGCAGACACUGACAAAGAGAUGGAAACACCUGCACAUUUCUCAUGUUCAUUUAAUAAAAACAGAUCAAAUUCAUUUCGUACAAACACAUACACAACUGGACCCAUACAAUUGUUAGGAUACGAAAAAGCUUAAACUUCUGUUGAAGACUGAACAGCAGCGAUAGUGGAAAGCCAAUUUCUCUAGCUCAAACUAUGCGUAUUGAUGCAUUUGCUUUUUUCUUCAUAUAGUCAGAGUUGCUUUAUUAGUGAGUCAGUUUAAAAGAGCAUAACAGAGUCAAAGUUACUACGGAUAUAUCCAUAACUAUGCAAUUGAUUGCUGUAGAACUUGAUUUUGUGGCUUGUGCAGAUAUGUUUCAUUUAUCUGUAAUAAAUAUCCACUUUACAAGGC